UGUUGUUUUUCUGUGUUUGAUUGUUUGGGACUUUUUGCAGGUUGGUAACUGCGCAUUGCUGUAAGACAUCACAACCUGAACAUGAGUCAGUAGUGCUGUGCUUCAUCAAACAUCGUGCUGGAGCGUACGGGAGCAUCACCUGGAUGAGGCUUGAAAUACCCAUCCUGUUUGUGUGUGGAACUAGUCAAGAGACCAACCCAAGCAUCAAGAACAGUGUAGACCAACAACAGAGAGAUGAGAAUCACCAGCAGACUAGAUAAUGAGGCCUGUCAGGGAAAAGAAAGAAUCUGCUUAGUCGAAAAAAAAAAUGAGAGCAAAUGGAAGAAUGUCUCCUUUAUGUCCAUAACUGCUUGGUAACAAGCUUAAUUUUCAGCAAGCAAGGUUUAGGUUAGGCAUUAGGAAAACAUUUCUAACCUGGGACAGUUAAAAAGAUUGCGUAAGGAGUUUUUGACUCACUGUCAUUGGAGGUUUUAAAGAUGAGGUUCCAAACCUUGUCAAACUUGCCCAAGGCUGCUGCCUCCAUCACUUCACCUUCCCUGUCUUCUGCCUCAGAACCACUGCCGCUGUCUUGCACCUAUGCCAUUUCUCCCAUGCUGCCACCACUGCCUCCCCAUGCCUGGUUCUGCAAGUCCAGCACCACCUGGAAGCAUUUUCCUGUGGUGUGCAGCCCCCUGUAGCAACUGCAACAAGAUGCAAGUGGUCUGCUCAGAGGUGCUGCAUUAAACAAAGCAUCUGCUUGCUGUGAUUCUAAGGGCCAGGAGAUAAUCUUGGGGGGCUCAGAAAAUCGCAGUUCCCCCUUGCAUAAGUCUUACAGUCUUACUUUAGACCAUCAAGGAUCGCUCAGUCUUCAACUUUAGAGUCACUGUGGUAUCUGGGUGAAGGGAGAAAACGGUGACAACAGCACUUUUUUCUUAAUGUUUCAGCAAAGGUAUUGGUACUAAGUAACUACCUGCCUACCACUUUUGGUAUGUGCUACUUAUUUUUUGCUUUUGUUCUCUUUAUUCAUGUUAAUAGAAUACCCCCUCCUUGAAAUGUCCUUUCAUGAGCAUAAGUGACUAAGCUGAGCAGUAGAGCAGUUAACCACUUGUUAUUUUCAGAAAACUUUUAAAGCUUCUAAUUGCUGCAUAAAAAAAAAAUCAAAACAUAAAAAGGCACACCAUAAAUGAUCAAUUUCAUUUGGAGGUCUGUACUUGCUAUAAAAACUGACAGUCUGUGGCUUAUAAGCAAAGUAGGAAUCCUUACCACGUUGCUUUUCAACCUCUUCCUUACAAUUAUUUCUUCUCCCCUAAAAAACCUCCCUUUUACAUUAUAGAAUCCUUGUAUGGUGCUGAAGGUGUUGUAGAAAACGAGGAUCGUUACAUUAUUUUUGCUACUUUGGUUUAUUUGAUCCCUUUUAUGCUAAAGACAGAUUUUAAACAGAAAUCUACCAGCUUACUAAUGAUACUUUUCUCGCUUUACGAGUACAGUGUAACACAGAUCUGUUUGACCACAUCAGACUUAUCACUGCACAGCUAUUCAAAGAAACCUCAUCAUACUACCUGAGAAGUUACAUCCAAGAAAUCUUAUCCCAGAGCUUUGUAGACUCUUUUAUGGUUUAGGCUGGGUAACAGGAACUGGUGGAGGAAUCAGCUUGAAACAUGGUGGAUCAAGAUCUCUAAUGCCUGUGCAGUUGAACAACCCUGUGAUUUUCCCUGUCUGUAACUUUUCUUAGGAAUGAAAUCUACAUCGCUCCUUCAGGAGUCCAAAAGGAAAGAAUACAGCCAGAAGAUAUGUUUGUUUGUGACAUGAACGAACAGGACAUCAGUGGUCCCCCACCACACAGGAAGCUAAAGAAAAGCCAGUGCACACCUCUUUUUAUGAAUGCCUACACUAUGAGAGGGGCAGGUGCAGUGAUCCAUACUCAUUCCAAGGCUGCUGUUAUGGCUACCCUUCUUUACCCGGGGAGUGAGUUCAGUAUUACCCAUCAGGAGAUGAUAAAAGGAAUCCAGAAGUGUACUUCAGGAGGCUAUUACCGAUAUGAUGAUACGCUAGUGGUUCCCAUUAUUGAGAAUACACCAGAAGAGAAGGAUCUCAAGGAAAGAAUGGCACGUGCAAUGGAAAAAUACCCAGACUCUUGUGCUGUAUUGGUCAGACGUCAUGGAGUUUACGUAUGGGGAGAAACGUGGGAAAAGGCCAAAACGAUGUGUGAGUGUUAUGAUUACUUGUUUGAUAUCGCAGUGCAGAUGAAGCAGCAUGGUCUGAAUCCUUCCAAAUACCCAGCAGGAGAACAAGGAAUUUUGUAAACGACAACAACAUUUAUAUCCAGGUUUCUUACAUGAUGAUGGGAGUUCCAAAUUCCACCUCAGGCUGCUAAAACCAGAAGGGGGUGCUGUUAUACUUGGCUGAUUGACAGAAGUUAGCAGUCAGUUUUGACUGUUAAACACAUCCAAGAAGAAAGGGAGAGUUAAAAGAAAAUUUGAAAAAAAGCUCAACAAUCAUUGCUAUUUAUGAAUCCUGUCAAAUGCUACAGUAGGAGGAAUGAAAAUUCAAAUACAAAAAAAGAUUUUGGAAAAGGCUAUGGAGAACUAAUGUGACAUUUUGUUUGUGUGCUUUAAAAAUUCAUAUGUCAAUCUGCAUUUGAUGAUCCUGCUCUGCUGCUACAUCAUUUGACCUGUUCUAGGUCUCCAUUUCUGAAAGUUAUAGUAGCCUUUAUUCUUGGGAAAAAAAGUGAGGACAACCCCUUAAUUAGAAGUUAAGUAUAAAGUUUAAAGCAUUGUUUGAACUGUUGAUUCAUUCAUGCCAUGUUAAUAGUUGUUGUUUUUUUUAAUUAAGCCUGUAGCAUUUUUUUUUUUUUUAAUUCUCCUAAUUGCCAUUAUAAUGAGUAGGAAACAUAAUUUUAUAGUGUGCAUUUGGAAGUUGUUACUGAGGGUCUGGGUCUUGUCUGGUUUUUACCUCUUUAAAUUCAUCCACUUCCAAUAAAAUAUGUUACUACAAUUUUAAAACAGCUUUUUAUGACCUGUGAUUAGCCAGCCUAAGGUAGAUUUAAUCAAACCGCUCAUUAAAAUAUAGUCUAUAUAUUAAAAUAUAAAAUCUGUAUCUUAUAGAUAUUUAUGUAUCUUCAUAUGUUCUUUCAAAAUCUCCUGGAAUGGCCUCCCAGUGACAACAGUCUAAGCCUUGAUUGACCAACUUUCUGAUUGAAUAUUGAGACUGUAGUCCCAAGGGUGAAUUGAGACAGGGUAAGUGCCAGUUGACCUGGUUUUCUGCUAGGAGCUAUGGAUUCCCACAACUUCCCCUUGCAUCAUCUCUGGCACUUUUUUGAGCUUCCGUGAGGUGAAUUAGCUCUUCAGCCUAAGAGAAAACUACUGUGGGAGUGCAGGGAAGAAAAUUAUUAUAUUGUUUCCUAAUAAGGCACUGGUAAAACAUUGAAUCAAUUCAGAGGUGGGUCUAAGGAGGACCAGAGCUGGGGCAAGAAAGGAGAUGGCAGAUAGUUCCCCCAUUUCAUGCAGAUGACUAUUCAGACUUAGUCAGCUACUUGUGGUUAGGCAUUUGCUGUGGAUGUUCUGAAGAGUUCAGAAAGAGCUGAAAUCUGUGGGAAGUAUUCUGCUAAACCAAAGAGGUCAGAAACUCGUAUUUUUCACCCAUUAAUGAGCACCAACUUUUCUUUAGCUAUGUAUGUCAGACUACUGAUUGUAGCACAACAUACGCUGUUGGUCUCUCUAGUUACUGGUAAGUGUGUUCUGCUGAACUUACACAAAAAUAAUCCUGCUUUGGCUUGGUGGGCUUUUGUGUCCCCACACAACAGUUUGUCACUGGUGUCCAACAAAACUCAUUUGCAGUAAAGCAUCAUGUUGGGCUUGUUCAGCCUGGAGAAGAGAAGGCUGCAGGGAGACCUGAUUGCGGCCUUUCAGUACCUA